AUGGCGCCUCUUAUGCCUCAAACACCCCUCAAGGAUGAUGUGAACGACACAUGGGGCUUCCUCGAGAAGGGUAUCGACAGCGUUAUGCUGAAGCUGGAGGAGGGUGUGGAUAUGAAAACUUACAUGGCCCUGUAUACCGCGGUCCACAACUUCUGCACAUCCCAAAAGGCAGUCAGUAAUGGUCAGGGGUUAUCGUCGCACCGCGGAGCGCAUCUACUGGGAGAGGAACUAUACAAAUUAUUGGGCGAGUACCUAUCACGACAUCUCGAGGCCGUCUACACCGAGUCCGAAAGCCACAGCGAAGAAGCUUUGCUGGGCUUCUACAUUCGCGAAUGGCUUCGAUACACAACUGCCGCCAAAUAUGUCAACCAUCUGUUCCGCUACCUGAACCGUCACUGGGUUAAGAGGGAGAUUGACGAGGGCAAAAAGAACGUAUACGAUGUGUACACCUUGCAUCUCGUCAAAUGGAAGGACGACUUCUUCAUGAAGGUUCAUGAGAAGGUCAUGGACGCAGUACUCAAUCUGAUCGAGAAACAAAGAAACGGCGAAACCAUUGAGCAGUCGCAGAUCAAGAAUAUUGUGGAUUCAUUCGUCUCCCUUGGCUUGGAUGAGAACGAUAGCACCAAGUCCACGCUCGAGGUCUAUCGGAUCUACUUCGAAAAACCUUUCAUCGCGGCGACCAAAGUCUAUUACGAGAACGAGUCACGGCAGUUUGUGGCGGAGAAUAGCGUGGUUGAGUAUAUGAAGAAGGCAGAGGCUCGUCUCGAUGAGGAGAAGGCUCGGGUGGGCCUGUAUUUGCACCCUGAUAUCACCAAGCACCUCACCGAGACCUGUCUGGAUGUGCUCGUCAAGACACACUCGGAACUUCUUCGGGACGAAUUCCAAGUUCUGCUCGACAAUGAGCGUCAAGAUGACCUGGCACGGAUGUACCGACUGUUGUCACGGAUCCAAGACGGUCUGGAUCCCUUGCGGGCGAAAUUCGAGACCCAUGUCCGAAAAGCGGGUUUGGCUGCUGUCGAAAAGGUCGCUGCGGAAGGCGAAGCGUUCGAGCCCAAGAUGUACGUGGAUGCCCUCUUGCAAGUGCACACUAGGUAUCAGAAUCUCGUCAACGAGGCCUUCAACGGCGAGUCUGAGUUUGUGAGGUCCUUGGAUAACGCUUGUCGCGAAUUUGUCAAUCGCAACAAGGUGUGCAAGUCCAGCUCGACCAAGUCGCCUGAGCUGCUGGCUCGAUAUACCGAUUCUCUCUUGAAGAAAGGCUCGAAGGCUGCGGAGGAGUCGGAGCUGGAAGAGAUGUUGGUACAGAUUAUGACCGUCUUCAAAUAUAUCGAAGACAAGGACGUAUUCCAAAAAUUCUAUUCCAAGAUGCUGGCCAAGCGUCUAGUACAUGUCAGCUCGGUUUCUGAUGAUGCGGAGACCAGCAUGAUCAGCAAACUGAAAGAAGCCUGUGGUUUCGAGUACACCAACAAACUGCAACGCAUGUUCCAGGAUAUCCAGAUCUCGAAAGAUCUUAAUGCCAGCUACAAGGAUUGGCAGGAGAAGGUCCUAGAUGAUGAUGACCGGAAGAAGCAAGUGGAUGCACACUUCCAGAUCCUGGGGACAGGUUUCUGGCCACUCAACCCGCCUACGACCGGCUUUUCAGCACCGCCUGAAAUUGUCAAGACCUACGAGCGAUUCCAGAGCUUCUACUAUGACAAACACAACGGUCGGAAGCUGACCUGGCUCUGGCAGCUCUGCAAGGGCGAGGUCAAGGCAAACUACAUCAAAAACACCAAGGUUCCAUACACAUUCCAGGUGUCAACGUUUCAAAUGGGCAUCCUCGUGCUCUUCAAUGAACAGGACACCCUAUCCUACUCCGACAUCCAAAACGCCACCAGUCUUGCUCCCGAAAUCCUCGACCCUAAUCUGGCCAUCCUUUUGAAAGCCAAGGUGCUCCUGCCAAGCCCAGAAGGGGCCAAACCGGGACCUGGAGCCUCAUUCUCUCUGAAUUACAACUUCAAGAACAAGAAGAUCAAGGUCAACCUGAACAUCCAGAUCAAGUCGGAGCAGAAGGUUGAGACAGAUGACACCCACAAGACGAUAGAAGAAGACAGAAAGUUGCUCCUUCAGUCUGCCAUCGUGCGUAUCAUGAAGUCCCGCAAGAAGAUGAAACACGUCCAGCUCGUGCAAGAGGUCAUCCAGCAGGUCAAAUCACGCUUCCCUCCAAAGGUGCAGGAUAUCAAGAAGAACAUCGAGGCGCUUAUGGAGAAGGACUACAUAGAGCGAUUGGACGGAGACGAGAUCGCUUACAUUGCGUGA